CCCUUGCUUAGGGCUCGAAACUGAAAAUAAAAAAAACCAGAAGAGACGAAAUCGAUUCGGACAAGAAGAAGAAGAAGAAGAUGGGAAAAUUCCCAACAUCGUUUCGCUCUGCUGUUGGAUCGGCACAGCUCAAACUAUCAUCUCCUCUAGUUCAGGCCGAAUCUCAAUCCCCCAUACCCAACAACAGACCCUCAAAGUCCAGACCUUCAGCCAGAACAACUCGAAAACCCAAUGACUCUACCGAACCCACCAAAUCACCAGCUCCCUUCAAAUCCCCCAAUCUCUCAGACGCCAAGAAUCUCUUCAACACCAUUAUCACCACCGCAAGAUCCCCUCUUGACCAGCGAUUCCAUAACUCCCUCCUCCAAUCCUACGCCUCAAUCUCCACCAUCAACGAUUCAAUCUCUCUUCUCCGCCACAUGAGCAAAACCCAUCCUUCCUUUUCCCCCGAUCGAUCCACUUACCACAUAUUGUUAAUUCAGUCCUGUAAAGCAUCGGAUUCUUCUCUCGCCCCUGUUCACCAAACCUUAAAUCUCAUGGUCAACGACGGGUCAAACCCAGAUAAAGUCACCACUGAUAUCGCCGUACGAGCUCUCUGUUCAGUGGGUCGAAUUGAGGACGCCAUUGAAGUUGUAAAAGAGUUAUCUUUGAAGCACGCGGUACCUGAUACUUUCACUUAUAAUUUUCUCGUUAGACAAUUAUGCAAAUUCAGGACACUUAGUACUGUUUAUGAUUUUAUUUAUGAGAUGAGAACUGAAUUUAGUGUUAAGCCUGAUCUUGUUACUUAUACUAUUUUGAUUGACAAUGUAUGUAAUAGCAAGAAUUUAAGGGAAGCCACUAGGUUAUUAGGGGUUUUAGCUGAGGAAGGGUUUAAGCCUGAUUGUUUCCUUUAUAAUACUAUUAUGAAAGGUUAUUGUAUGGUUAGUAAAGGGAGUGAGGCUAUUGGGGUUUAUAACAAAAUGAAGGAGAAUGGGAUUGAGCCUGAUCUUGUCACUUACAAUACUUUGAUUUUUGGGUUAUCGAAAUCGGGUAGAGCUAAGGAAGCUAGGAAGUAUUUGAGUAUCAUGGCUGAGAUGGGUCAUUUCCCUGAUGUAGUAACUUAUACUUCUUUGAUGAAUGGGCUAUGCCGGGAAGGGGAUGCUUUGGGGGCAUUUGCGUUAUUGGAGGAAAUGGAAGACAAGGGUUGUUCUCCUAAUUCAUGUACUUAUAAUACUUUGUUAUAUGGGUUUUGUAAGUCAAGGUUUUUGGAGAAAGGGAUUGAAUUGUAUAGGUCAAUGAAAGAAGGUGGGAUGCAGCUUGAGACAGCUGCUUAUGCUGCAUUUGUUAGGACACUUUGCAGGCACGGUAAGAUUGCAGAGGCUUAUGAAGUUUUCGAUUAUGCGGUUGAGAGCAAAAGUUUGACUGAUGUUGUUGCUUUCUCCACACUGGAGGUUACACUCAAGGGUUUGAAAAAAGCUACAGAACAAAGCCAUGUUAUGUAAAUGGAACUUCUUUUGUUUUCUUAAGAUGUCAACUAUUGUCUUCUACUCCUGGUGAAAAGAUGCAGUUAUAUCAUAUGUGUAUGAAAAUGCCAAAGGCCAAUUCUGUCUAGACAUGAUUGGAGCCCAGCUAGCUAGCUGCAAAUGCAAGUUUGCAACAACUAGAAGUUGAACUGUUACAAUUAUUUUCUAAUGGGGCAGUGAUGGGCUGCAGCAGAAGCAAACCACAGGCUUUAAGGAUCAUGAUCCAAAAUAUAAAAAGUCUUGAUGCCAUGAUGAUGAUUAAGACUACUAGCACAGCUGUGAGGACACUGGCACUAGAGACAGUAAUCACUAGCAUAUGAUUACAUUGGAUAAACUAUACUCCCUCUCUUCACAUAAAAACUGUAAGUUCCAUCAUAUUGCUCAGGCAAGUUCCACCUUUCACUCAAAGUUGUAAAAUCCUGUAAGAUUUUAAGCUCUUACAUUUAUUUCUAAAAGAUUCACUGGUUUUCAUAUCUUGGUUUGUUAGUCCCUUAAACUCAUAGAUGUUGACUAAAAAUGAUUAGCAUGGAAAAACACUGAGAACAUGAGUAUUUAGGUACCA